CAAACUGCACCUCUUCUUAGGCCUAUUGGAUCAUUGACCUUGCCUUUUGCUUGUCACUUGUGCUGCUAUUCACUCACGCAGCGAAAUAAAGGCUGUAUAUUUCAGCCAGACUACUACUACUCGGCUGGCAGGCUAUCCGAUGACGACACUGCAGCUGGGUCCGUUCUCAGGAUUCUCAUUGGCUAAAACAUGUCCUCUGUUUUCUCUGGAUUCCAGUGUUGCCUCUGCCUAGGCUACAGCGCUUGAUUGGUUGUUUACAAGACAGCGUCGUAAAGGCUCUGCCAUGCUUCCCAACAGUACUGAGGGAACUACCCAUUUUUGUCGCUUGCCCUUGGAACGGUCUGUGCACCAUUGAAUCCACGUGACCAAUCUAGGGGUCUUGCAAUCAACAAACGGGCUACUUUCAACCCACUUUCCCCCUUCUUCACCAUUUCUCAAGUACCCGCCUCCUCCGUUAUCGCCCUUACCACCAUGCCUGCCGCCGUCAAGAAGUCUUCAGCAAAGGCUGCCACCAAGUCUGUCGCUGCAGCGAACAAGUCGGGCGCUGCAACGCACCCAUCUUGGGUAGACAUGAUCAAGGAGUGUAUCACUGCCCAUCCUGAGGAUGCUCGUGGCGGCGUUUCUCGGCCAACAAUCAAGAAGUUCGUCGAAUCCAAGUACCAGAUUGACCUCAACAACACCGCCGCUUCACAGCUUAACCGUGCUAUCACUUCAGGCCACGAGAAAGGCGUCUUCAUCUUGCCCAAAGGACCGUCGGGCAAAGUUAAGCUCGCCCCAAAAGUCCGUGCAGAUGCUGCCAAGGAGAACGCCAAACCCGCAGCCAAGAAACCCGCCGCCACUGCUGCCAAAGCCAAAGCUCCCGCCAAAUCUACAACCGCUAAGAAGCCUACGUCCAAGACAGCAACAAGGGGAAAGGUCGCCACUACCUCCAAGACACCAGCCAAGACGGCGGCGUCUAAGACACCCGCUAAGACCGCUCGUACGACCGCCGCCGCUACCACCAAGACUGCUCCCGCUACCACUAAGAAAUAUACGUCCAACGCUAAGAAAGCUACUCAGGCGAAGAAGACCACCGCUGCGACAAAGAAAGUAGUCACUGCGAAGAAACCCAAGGUUGCAAUCACGAAGAAGGCCUCUACGGCGAAGAAGGCUUCCACUAAGAAGGCCACGGCUGCGGCCAAGAAGCCUACUUCCAAGGCGAAACUUGCAAAGCCCAAGGCUGACGUUCCCGCUUCCAAAGCUAAGCCUGCAUCCAAGGCGAAGCCUGCGUCCAAGUCUGCCACUACCAAGAAACCUGCAUCUAAGAAGGCGGCUGAAAAGGCUUGAUGAACAUCAUGUUCUGAAGCCUUUCAUGUUCUCGGAUUUCUGUAGUUGGAGGAAUAUAGGAUUUAUUUUUGUAGUGUAUUUCUUUUCUCUUUUGUUCUAUCUUAUUCUAUUCCAAUGGCCUCUUGUACCUAUCUUGGUUGUAUUCUGUAUAUGUACGAUGUCCGACCCAAGUAGCUUUGUACUACGUACGGAUUUACCCUGGCUACCUUUUGUAUAUAUUUGUAUGCGCGAUAUUGGCGCGCCUCGAUCAUCUCUUGCUUUGACCA